AGUCACCACCAAACAACAUCCACAACCGCGUCACCAGUCGCGUCUUUGUUUCCAAUUCUCAUCAUACCCCACCCAUUCAUUUCGACGUCGCGAUAAGAGACACCGUUUCUCUAUCCAAGAAGAUAUAGCAUACGUUCAGGUGGAAAAUAAACAAAAUGGCACCUCGAGGCGCAAGGCGCAGCGAAGUUGCUGAACCGCAAGCCAUUUACAAACUUGGCGAGCGCGGUCGCAAAACUGGUGUCGAGUUGGUAGACACAGGUAAUCGCGACGAAUAUGGCAUGCAACCUUUGGACGACCUUCUUUCUUCUCCAGAAAAUGAAACCGGAUCUGAUCAAAGAUACGAUGGAGAGGACGAAGACCCAAACAACGACCAAUACGAAAGCGGAGAGGACGAGGACGAAGAUGGCAGUGAAGAUAUGGACAUUGAAACAAUUCCUGGACCGGGACCUCAGACUGUACUUAGGGGAGGCAUGAAGCAUCCCAUUCCUCGAAGUCGAUCGCCCGUAAAGACUACACUAAUGUCUUCUCCUCGACGAAAUCCAAACCUCGAACAUCUCUCCUCACCCACCAGAGCACCCUAUUCCAACGAUCGCGACGCUACUGUGACCCGGAAAAUCGAUUUUGGAGCAAACCCCUCUUUGCGCGGGAAGGCUACGGCGAAUGGAGUUAAUGGCGAUACUCACGAUGAGGAGGACGCUGAUGAAACGGAAGAUGCGCCCGAACCCAGUGAAGAGGGCGGCGUUGCGGAUGAUAUGGACCUCCUCGACAAGUCUCUCGAAUUGGUUGACGGUCUGGCUGGAUACUCUUCAGAGCACGAGUCAGAACACGAGUCAGAGCCUGAACCGGAGCCUGUUAAGGCCACCAAAGCAUCAGCCAAAGCCAAGUCACAACAAGCAGAACCAGAACCAAAAAAGCCAGGGCGACGAGGAAGGCCAGCGAAGGCCAAACCAGUCGAAGAAGAGCCCGUGGAGGAGGAGCCCGUUGAAGAAGAGCCAGAAGAGCCUCAAGAGAUCCCAGAGCCAGUCAAGGGUCGAAGGGGACGAAAACCGAAGAAUGCAGUUCAGCCUAAUAAGUCAGCUGGCCCCAAAUCACGGAAGCGACCAGUGCCAGAGGAACCAGAAGAGGCCGAGGAGGAUGAAGAGCCAGACAACGAAGCUACAGAGCCCGAACCUGAAGAAUCCCCCAGACAAGCCAAGAGACCGCGAACUGAAGCCUCUAAACCCUCGAAACCUGCCAAGCCAGCACCAGCAGCCGAGCCAAAACCCAGAGGGAGACCUGGACGAAAACCCAAAGCACAGACCGCAGGCGAUGUGGGAGAUACAUCGAUUGCAGCGAUUCAACAUAGACCUCCGAUGCCCAAGAAGCGCGGUCUUGUUUCUGUUCGUCAUAACCCCGACGAAGUUAAGACGACAAGAUCUGGGAGACAUUCGUUCAGACCACUGAAUUGGUGGGCAGGCGACAAGGUGGUUCAAGAGGAGGAGGAAUUUAAGGACGUCUCUGGCCGUGAUCGCUUUGUGCUGUCAACCAUCAAAGAAAUUAUCCGCGCACCUCAAGAAGAGCCGCCUGCAAAGCCUAGGACCAAAGCACGUGGAAGGGCGAAAUCCAAGCCUGUGCGAGAAGUUGAAGUGGUUGAGCCUGAAGAGUGGGAGCUUAAUCCUGGUGUCGUCAACGCCGAGGUCAUCUUAUGGGAGCCUGAGCACGAGACGAAUCCUCCUGGAGACGAAGAACCCGUCGAGGUCAUGGAGGAUCGAGUUGCUAUAUCGGGUGAAGCUAUCCAGACCCGUGCUGUUCAAAAUGUGUCCUUCCGCAUGGCCAAGACACUCACAACCCCUUUUAUGGGUGCAGGUGUCGUGGAUCUACCUGCUGGCUCUGAGAAGCGGCCAAAGAACUCGCGAAAGAUGCACAUGGUCUUCUUUGUACAUACUGGAAAGGUGCUUGUCACUGUGAACGAGGCUUCAUUCCGACUCAGCGCUGGAGGCAUGUGGUUUGUUCCCAGAGGAAACUACUACAGCAUAACAAACGACUACGAUACAGAUUCUCGCAUAUUCUUCACUCAAGGAUGUGAAAUAUCAGCUCAACCAGCAGAACCCGAUCAAUCACAACUGUCCAUGAUGGCUUAGGAGUAAUUAAUACAGUGAAGCUGUGGGAUGUCAAUGGUGGACUAUGCCACUUGUUUGAUUUAUGGCAUAAAUGACGGGUGUUCUUUUUUAAGCAACUGUUUACCUAGGAGCAUCAUUGGCAGAAAAGCAUGAAAAUGGGGGUGCAUUAUGUCGGAUUUGCCUUGAAGGAGACGGCUCUUGACCGGCUUCAUGAUUUAUGUUCGGUUGGGCGUGUUUAGUUGUAUACCAUUCAUGACAGAUGAAAUUUCAAUGUUAAUGCAAGAUUCUUGUAACCAUAUCUGAAAAGCAAUA